GGUAAGCUGUGGUUAACGCUGAUGGUGCUUCUGCGGUUCCUCGUUCUCCUUCUGGCUGGCUAUCCUUUGUACUGGGAUGAGCAGGAACGCUUUGUCUGUAACACGAUCCAGCCCGGCUGUGCCAAUGUGUGUUACGAUGUGUUCUCUCCUGUGUCCCACUUCAGGCUUUGGUUAGUUCAGGUGGUCAUCCUCAGCUUUCCAUUUGCUCUUUUCACUGUCUAUGUAAUUCACAAGGCAUCUAUGGGUGCCUCAAUGGAAAUUUUCACAUCGAGCAUUGAGAGGUCUCCAUUCCAAAAAGUCCAUCAGGACAUUUUCCACAAGGAUUUGUCACAGCCAGGUGCAGAGAUGACCGUUCCCAGUUUCUUGGGGGCGUAUGUUUUGCAGCUCCUACUACGGAUUUUCCUAGAGGUGGCAUUCGGAGCUGGACAUUAUUACCUCUUUGGAUUCUUUAUUCCCAGGAGGUACAUCUGCUCAGAAGCUCCUUGUACCAGCACAGUGGACUGCUACAUCUCUAGGCCCACAGAGAAGAGCAUCAUGGCAACCUUUAUGCUCGGCGUCAGCUGCAUUUCUUUUCUGGUCAGUAUUGUAGAUCUCCUGUGUGUGAUUAAAAGGGCAGUGAGGCAGAAGCAUAAAGAGCGGCUGCUUUUAGAAAAGCUGUGCAAAGAAGAGCAGUAUUACCUGACUCCUCCGGGCCGAGAUGUGGAUGCCCAUCUACAGCUGGCUCAGGAGCACAGUCACGUAUGUCAAGCAGUUGAUGCAAUGUCAGUGCAGCUGGGAGAGUUGGACCAAAUGUCAAUCCACUCAGCAGCUGGGCCUCACAGGACUGCCACUUCCAACACAAAUGGCAACAAUGCUUAUACACAGGAGCCCGAGGAGCAUGUGGAGCAAGAUGGGAGUGAAGUAGCUUUCUGCAUGACCGAGGCAGAGGUGGCAUUGCCGCCCCAGACGCCAGGCCGACACGGCCGACGUGGCCGCCACAGGGCAAGUCGUUCAAGCCGUUGGGAGAAAAUUCAAAACAGCCAAGCAGAUUCCUCUCCUGAUUUGUCAAGACCAAGGCGGAUGGGUCAAUAUGUGAUGGUGGAAAUGAUGACCUCAGACGCACAGUCCAUCUCUAGCGAAAGGAGAUCGGAGUGGGUAUGACCAUGGAAUGACCCGCUACCAAACUGCAUGGAAAUGUUCUGUGUGUUUCUGCCUCUGCUGGCCAGCAAAUACAACAGAAGAUGUAGACGAGAUCCCUCCAUCGCAUUAAGGCGUGGUGAUGAACACUGGUGAUGUUUUCUCUUCCGAUAUGGCAGAUUUAAAGAGAUCUGGAGAAAAAGACACACAGUGUGGGGUCUUCAAUAUGACAGAUAUUAGUGCUUUAGUGUGUAAGCUGUUUUUAUUCUUGGCUUUGUAAAUGUCAUAUAUUUUUGGUUCUGCAAUAACUCACCAUCUGAAAUAUGGAAAAUUAUUCAUGCUAAAGUUAAAAGCAAUCCAACGUGUUAACUACAUUGAGAAGCAAUACAUAUACAAGUGGGCCAUUUAAUUGUGGCUUUGUUUUGUCACGUCAUAAUUAAAAUCAUCAUUGAUUAGAAAUAAUCAGCCCACUCUGCUCUUCAGGGAGUGGGCUCUUGUUUUGAAGGGGGUCUGCAUUCUCAGUGCUGGCCCAUGUCUUGAGCCCGAAUGCUGCCUGGGUGGGUUGAAUUUGACUUCCAAAUUUAUGACAGUUCCUACUAAUUGAUUGCAGAUGGAUGUAUGAUUCUACUU